CCGCAAUAUGAAUAGAGAAUAAAAAUAGUUCUAUGAGUCUAAAAUGCUAGCGCAACGCUCCAUCUUGGCACAAUUAUAUUUUAAACCCACGUCCAGUUAAAAUUGCGAGCGACACGCCGCAACAAGUUCCUCGGAUUUAGCCCCUGUCGGUCAUCAUUUCCCAGUGCCUCCACCCGCUGUAACCUCACUUCCAGAGUACCUCGACAUUAUUGCCAUGACGCAUCCUCACACUGUUUACACCCGGUCAAGGUGCCGGCCAAGUCCCCAAUGGAUCUAACACAGGCCACGAUAUCGUUCCUCUUCCUCUAAGCUGCCUAGUUCCGCAUCCACAACUUCCAGCCAAACGACGACCUCGACCUCGACAACAUCAAGCCGCACAAACUACGUCGAGCCAUAGUUCUGAAGAUGGCUCCUCACAUUCUCAUUCAAAAACAAUUUUGACAGGAGUUGGUGUUGGGUUGGGUGUCGGGGUCGUCAUAUUGGGAUUGCUGGUAGGGUUCCUGCUAAUGCGACAGCGCAAGGCGAGAAACGGCGUGCCUCCGUACAAUGCUCCUAUGCCGAUGCAGCUUCAGCCCCCGGCCUCAUUUGCACAGAGUCAGAAGUUUUUUGCACCACAGGAGCUGGGCUCACAGGAUCCGCGGGUAUUUGCAGAGUUGCAAGGCAGACCUGAUCCUUGAUAGAUUUAUAAAGGUAGACCUAGGUGUCCACGCUCAGUACUAUGAAAUAAGAAUCUCAGUACUGUUAAUUAACAACAACAACAACAA